AUGUCCCUCCCACGCAUCUCCUUCCUCGAGGGAUGGGAGCGCACCCCAGCUGCAGCCUUCCUGCGGGGGCGAGGGGACGACUCGGCCCAGUCAGACACCGAGUCCGACACGUACCAGGACCUGCCCGAGGAUGCAUCCAUCGCAUCCUCAUUCCCAUCCAUGUAUAGCAGGCUCAGUUUCAAUCCGUAUGCGGGGCCCGGCUGGAGCGAGAGCGCGGUCGACGAUCGCGACGAUCGACCCUCGCUGCUAGGAUCCCUGGGCCUCUCCCCCACGACAACGCGGGACAGUCGUGCGGAACACGAGCGGGGACUAGCAUCCCCGACACCUCCUGCUGUGGCAGUGCAGCAGAAAGAGCCACUGUGGUUUACGGACACAAGGGGUGCUUUCGAAGUGAGCCCUGCGAGGCGAAUCGCGCAGGUCUGUCUGGCAGUUGUGUACUGCUUCCUUGCCGCGGGCGUGGUGUUUGGCUUUGCGGCGUUGAAGCCGGUCCUUAUUAGUGAGAAGGUAUAUCGUAAUCUCUGCUCCCAGGAGGAGCUUGAUAACGAUGUCACCGUCUGCUAUGGGCAAGAAAUUAAGUUGAACUUGAUGUUUACUAUUGCCGCCGUCGUCACCAAUGUCUCAGCUCUGCCAGUUGGAACCAUCUUGGAUGCAUAUGGUCCCCGGGUGAGUGGUAUCAUUGGCAGUUCCUGUCUGGCCGUCGGCGCCGUCCUUUUUGCGCUAGCCCACCGGUUACCUUUCGACGGUUACAUCCCAGGGUACCUGUUUCUAUCACUGGGCGGGCCAUUUGUCUUCAUUUCUUCCUUCCAGCUGUCCAAUACAUUUCCUACUCGAUCAGGGCUCAUCCUGUCAAUGCUGACAGGUGCAUUUGAUGCAUCAAGCGCGCUCUUCCUAAUAUUUCGGCUUCUAAAUGAGCACACAGAUGGCGCCGUCUCUACCCAGACAUUCUUCUUGGCCUACCUCGUGGUCCCGAUCUUUAUCAUUGCAGUACAACUGACAAUCAUGCCGGCCACGUCCUACAAAACGGCCGGCGAAUUGGUCCAACAGGCCGAGGCACAGGUCAUCGACGAAAUCCACGACCGCGUAGACCAUCAAAUCCACGACCGCGACGAGCGCGAACGCCAACGGAACGUUCGGCGCGAGCAUCGCCAGAACAUCGUCAGCCAAAUCCAGGAUCUCCUCGACGACGGCACAGUCUCGGUGGUCUCGGCAGCUGGAAUUGACGACUCCGUCUUCAACUCUCCUUCCAGCCCGGCAGACCAACCGCGUGACCAACCCUCCCACCUACGCCAAGGACAAUCCCCCAAACCCCAACCUGUACCCCAAAACACACCCAACACCCACACCAGCGGUGUCUGGGGUGUGCUCCACGGACACAGCGCAUUGUAUCAGCUCCAAACGCCCUGGUUUAUCCUAAUAACUCUCUUCACGGUGCUGAUGAUGCUCCGCAUCAACUACUUCGUCGCCACCCUCCGCUCACAGUACACCUUCCUCCUCAACUCACGCCUGAAAGCUGCAAACAUCAACGGGGUCUUCGACAUCCUUCUCCCUAUUGGCGGUCUACUCUCGAUCCCCUUCAUCGGCACUUUCCUAGAUACAUUCAAGACGCGCACUGUACUAACUAUCCUGGUCUCGACUGCCACGAUUAUCGGGAUACUCGGUUGCAUACCGGGAAGUAUUCCCGCCGCGUACGCGAACAUCGUCCUCUUCGUGUUAUACCGGCCUUUUUACUACACCGCUGUCUCGGACUAUGCGGCCAAGGUCUUCGGGUUCCAGACUUUCGGCAAGGUGUACGGGAUGAUUAUCUGUUUAGCUGGGGUGGGCAAUUUCGCGCAGGCAGGGCUGGACGCGGUCACGCUGAAAGUGUUCGGCGGGAAUCCUGUGCCUGUGAAUGCUGUAUUGACGGUGCUGGUUGCUGUCGUUGGGGCUAUACUGGUUGGGUUCGUGAGUUGGAAGACUGCUGUUAUAAGCGCAGAUCAGGACAAUGCCGUGAUUGUUGGCGACGAUACGGCAGAAACAAGUCGUAGCCAGAACCAUGCUCACCAGGGCGUUGCCGCGAGGGAUUGGGAGCGUCAGCCGCUGUUGAUCGGAUCAUCCGGGGAUGACAAUGCACAGGUACAGAGGACAUAUGGUUCUAGAUAA